AUGGCUGCAGCUCCUCCAAGUUACUGUUUUGUAGCCUUCCCCCCGUGUUCUAAAGAUGGGCUGGUGGUAUUUGGAAAGAACUCUGCACGGCCUAGGGAUGAAGUACAGGAGGUGGUCUACUUUGCUGCUGCAGAGCAUGAUCCAGGAAGCAAAGUUGAGUGCACGUAUAUCGAGAUUGAGCAGGUGCCGAAGACUCACGCUGUCGUGCUGAGCAGACCCUCCUGGCUUUGGGGGGCAGAAAUGGGAGCUAACGAGCACGGAGUGUGUGUAGCUAACGAAGCUGUCGUGACCAGAGAACCAGCUUCUGAGUCUGAAGCCUUGCUUGGCAUGGAUCUUGUCAGACUUGGCCUAGAAAGGGGUGCAACAGCUAAAGAAGCUUUGGAUGUAAUAGUUGCUCUGUUGGAAGAGCAUGGACAAGGUGGAAAUUAUUAUGAAGAUGGGAGUUCAUGCCAUACUUUCCAAAGUGCUUUUUUGAUUGUGGACAGAAAUGAAGCCUGGAUACUGGAGACUUCUGGAAAGUAUUGGGCAGCUGAAAAAAUCACAGAGGGAGUGAAGUGCAUUUGCAAUCAGCUUUCAUUAACUACAAAAAUUGAUGCUGAGCAUCCUGAACUAAGGAAUUAUGUGAAAAGUCAAGGCUGGUGGAAUGGAGACUCAGACUUCAAUUUUUCUGAAGUGUUUUCUCUUGCUGAUGACCAUUUAGCCUGUUGUUCUGGCAGGGAGAGCCUAGAAAAGCAAGGUGGUGAUGUUUCUGCACAAGCUAUGAUUGAUGUCCUGCGUGACAAGGAUAGUGGUGUCUGUGUGGACUCUGAAUCUUUCCUUACUACAGCUAGCAUAGUGUCUGUUCUGCCUCAGGACCCUAGUUUUCCCUGUAUUCAUUACUUCACUGGCACGCCAGACCCUUCAAGGUCCAUAUUUAAACCCUUUAUUUUUGUCGAUGAUGUAAAAUUAGUACCAAAAGUACAGUCUCCUUCUUUUGGCAAUGAUGAUCCUGCUAAAAAGAUACCUCGAUUCCAGGAGAAACCUGAUCGUAGGCACGAAUUGUACAAGGCACACGAAUGGGCCCGAUCUCUCCUGGAGAACGAUCAGGAUAAAGGCCAGAAACUGAUGAGGAUUAUGUUAGACCUUGAGAAACAAGGUUUAGAAGCAAUGGAAGAUAUCCUUUCUCGUACAGAGAUUCUGGAUCCAGCUGAAGUAGUGGAUCUUUUCUAUGACUGUGUUGACACAGAACUAAAGUUCUUCAAAUAA